UAAGCUAACAGGAUUACAAUGUUCCACUGGUGGAGCAGACACUUUAAAUAGAUCAAGCUGACUCUGUCGGUGCUUCGGGACUGCAGAAGAAUCGGCAUUAGAAAACUGAGAAGUAUUUUAACCACAUUGCUGCGUCUCCCCCAGAUCUGUAGGUGAGUGUGUGCAAUAUUAUGUUUGUAAAAAAUAAACUAUAGUUAAAAAGAUAAUAUUGAUUGGUUUGGAGCUUGUAAACUGCAGGGAAAUAACCAAUUAAAUUUAAACUUACAGCUAUGUAUUUAUAAAGUUAAGUUUCAGAUUUUUCUAAAGGGGUUAGCUUGUUAGAUAGUUCUAUUAGGGACCAUUAGGUUUGAUGUAAACAUCAUGCUGAGUAAGCAGGUUUCCUCCCACGCCGGAAAACUUAUUUACUUCCAGGUUUCUCGUAGGAGGGUGUUAAAUGAUCAUGUUUGCAAAUCUGCAAUUUCCAUUUAUUUUUAUUGACGUUUUGUUGUUUGUAGUCAUUUGGCACACUUAUUAAAACGAUUAUUUUGUUGAUUCGAUCAGAAAGAUUAUGUGAACUACAUUUGAUAAUUAAAAGCAACGCAAAACUUCAAAUGACUUACAGGAACGUUUUUUUGUCUUUAUGCAGAAAUGGCUGAGGUUUUCAAAGGCCUGAACCUUCUUGAUACCCUCAAAGAGUCCAUAGACAAUAAUAAGUUAUCAGAUGUCAAGGAUGCAGUGGAAGAUCUCCUGAUCAGUCGAAUCAACUUAGCUGUGCUGGGGGACCGUGAGGAUGGAAAAGCCACCUUCAUAAACUCUCUCAGCGGCCUCAGUCCUGGGGAUGAAGGAGCAGCUCCAUCUCCAUCCCCCGUUGCCCCGGAGGAAUUGGCAAGCUACCCGAACCCUAAGCACCCUGAUUUUCGUCUGUGGGAUCUACCAGCUGUCCCUUCAACCUCUCCAUUUGAACCUGAGGGAUUCAUGGAAAGAGUAAAGUUCCUCCGUUACAAUGCCGUCUUCAUGACAUUCACAAAGACGCCCCAACCUAACUCUGUGAAGGUGUUCCUGGAGGCCCGUUCACUACAGCGACAAACUGUGUAUUUUAUUCUCCUAGCUACAGAGAAAGACACAGAAAAAAUCUUAGAAGAAAACAGAAAAGCCAGUGUGGAGGUGCUGAAAUCACAAGGUGUUGCUCAGCCCAAAGUCUAUAUGGUAAGACCCUCUACUUUGGAGAAGUUCGACUUCCCUGGCCUGUUGGAGGACAUGGGACGAGAACUCCCAGAAAUCCGAGCCCACGCCCUUCUCUUGGCUCUCCCAACGCUAACCUCCACAUUGGUCACUCAGAAAAAGGACGCAUUCAAAGCACUUGUAUGGGCAGCUGCAUCGCUUUCUGGUGGGGUGUCAGCUAUUCCUGUUCCAUUUGUGGCCUCCAUGGUGGACUCAAGUGUAGCAAUGCGGAUUCUAACAAAAGCACAAUUAUCUCUGUGCCUGGACAAUGAAUCGAUCGAGCGCCUGGCCCGACAGCGAGGUAUCGAACCAACACGACUUAAGGGGCUGCGGACUUGUGAACUGUCAGUGGAGGUCACAAAAGGUGAAGUGAAAAGGCGUCUAGCAGUGGCAGAAAAGGACUUGGCCACAGUUUCUUCAAAGUUUGUGGAGAUGGCAAUGCCGAAACAUGCCCGUUCUGUCAGCCGCUCCUUUGCUGCCAUGCUGCAGGCCCUAAAUGGCGCAAUUGAUGAAAUGGCGACUGAUGCUGACAAGAUAGUGGCUGCUGCGGCUUUUGGGGAGGAGAAGUAAAUUGAACUUUUUUUUCACUGUUUCCUGUUUAUGUACAGUUCAUCUUUACUUUAAUGUAAUACAAAGUGCAACAAUACAAAACAAUCUUUUGUCAAG